UCCCGGUGGGGAGCGUGUACCGUUCUUGUUCACGAUCAAGCAGCUCGUGGCAUCAGGUAGACCAGAGAGCUUUGGAGGAGAUUUCUUGGUGCCAUCUUAUAGAGGCUCGUCUUUCUUGGAUCCUAAAGGCCGUGGUGGCUCUACUGGAUACGACAAUGCGGUUGCAUUACCUGCUAGAGGAGACGACGAGGAGCUAUCUAAGGAGAACAACAAAGACACAACUGCUUCACUUGGUAAGAUCACAUUUAGUGUCACAAAGAGUAAUCCCAAGACCCGUGAAGUGAUCGGUGUUUUCGAGAGUAUUCAGCCUUCGGAUACCGAUUUGGGUGCCAAGAAUCCUAAGGAUGUCAAGAUUCAAGGAAUCUGUGAUGGAAGAUCGAAGAAGGUGACAAUGACGAGUAAGAGAGACGAUAACAAGGACUCCGUUCAUGGAGAUGGUUAGAACAGCUUCGUUUGGAACCAGCUCAAGUUUUGUUCUUCGUAUCGGGCAAACUCUCUUUUCUUCUGCUUCGCUUCUUUUUAUGUGCUUUAACGAUGACGAAGAUUUAUACGCUUACACUGCCUUCUGUUAUUUAGUUACAGUCAUGGGUUUAGUGACACCAUGGAGCGUGACAUUAGCCCUAAUGGACGCUUACUCCAUCAUCAUCCAAAGCCUUCCUAUGCAAGCAACAGUUAUAUCAGUCAUCGUCGCUGGAGAUUUUGUUCUGUCAUUUUUGUCGCUGGGAGGUGCAUGCUCGACGGCGAGCGUGGCCGUACUUUUGAUUGGAGCCGGAGAGAAGCAGUGUGAUCGGUAUAAGUUAUCGGCGACAAUGGCGUUUUUGUCUUCGUUUCUUUCUUUUGCUUCCACUUUCUUUAACUUUCGUCUUCUUCCUUCUCUAAUGUCUCACUAAUUAGAUUUCUUUUCACCAGUUUAAUCUUUAUAUUAUAUUCUCCUUUUGCAUUUGUAUAAUUUUCAUGUACGUACAUAAAAAUAUCUACACAAAAAUUAUUGUG